AUGCCUUCUCUAGGUUUUCUUAAGAAAAAAAGGACUAGGGACGGAAAUAACGACAACUCAAGCCAACCAACAAGCCCAGUCACUCCGACUGCAGCCCAGAGUUUCGAGCAGGCCCAAGCAUUAGGUGCACCUUCUCCAAUCAACAACUCCCACGCAAACACGCAGCAGCAAUCUUACUCGGUGCCUCAGCCCAGCUACCCGGUUGGACCAGAAGCACAGGCCCAGCAGCCUCAGAUGAACUCGAUUUCACAACAUCAACAACAGGCGUUUGCGCCGCCAGCACACACACCCUCCCCUGGAACUAUGGAGUCGCAACAAAACCUACCUAGCAUCUCCAACCUCAUGAACCCCGCAGCUCAACAACAAAACAGCCAGUCCUCGGCCAACUUCCAGCCUCAGUCGCAGUCACAGUCACAGCCGCAAUCUCAAUUCCCACUCCCGCCGUCGCACGGGAAUGGCGAUCAAACUCAGCAACACAAUUUCCAGGCUCAACAGCAGAGCCACUCACAGCAGGACGUCAUGGAUACUCAGCCUUCGCAAGUGCAGGAACAGUCCCAAUUUCAACAGACGCAGGCUCAGCACCAACCACAGCAGCACAUGCAGCACAAUACACAGCAUGCGCAUCAUGGGUCCCAAGAGCAGCAGGCAAGGGUGACGAAGGGGAAGUACUCGCUGAGCGAUUUCGAGAUCCUCCGGACACUCGGUACCGGUAGCUUCGGUAGAGUGCACUUGGUCCAGUCAAGACACAACCAACGAUUCUAUGCCGUCAAGGUGCUGAAGAAGGCUCAGGUGGUCAAGAUGAAGCAGGUUGAGCAUACCAACGACGAGCGGAAAAUGUUGGGUGAAGUCAAGAACCCGUUCUUGAUCACAUUGUGGGGUACAUUCCAAGACUGCAGGAACUUGUACAUGGUCAUGGAUUUCGUCGAAGGCGGCGAACUCUUCUCAUUAUUGAGAAAGUCAGGGCGCUUCCCAAACCCAGUAGCAAAGUUCUACGCGGCCGAGGUAACGUUGGCUCUCGAAUACCUCCACGCCAAGAACAUCAUAUACCGUGACCUGAAGCCGGAAAACCUGUUACUGGACAGACAUGGCCACCUCAAAAUCACCGAUUUUGGGUUCGCCAAGCGUGUGCCGGACAAGACAUGGACUCUUUGUGGCACUCCGGACUACCUGGCACCGGAGGUAGUCUCCAACAAGGGGUACAACAAGUCUGUUGACUGGUGGUCUUUGGGAAUACUGAUAUACGAAAUGCUGUGCGGCUAUACGCCCUUCUGGGAUAGCGGAUCUCCUAUGAAGAUAUACGAGAAUAUCCUGAAGGGCAAAGUCCGUUAUCCUGCCUACAUCAACCCGGAUGCGCAAGACUUGCUGCAACGUCUCAUCACGGCCGACUUGACAAAGAGGUUAGGAAACCUUUAUGGCGGAUCGCAAGAUGUCAGGAACCACCCAUGGUUUGCCGAGGUGACAUGGGACCGCCUUGCGCGGAAGGACAUAGAUGCGCCAUACACGCCCCCAGUCAAGGCCGGCGCGGGUGACGCAAGCCAGUUUGAUCGGUAUCCCGAAGAGACAGAACGAUAUGGCCAGACUGGUCAUGAU